CAGACUCCGUUUUGAAGAGUUUAGGCAGUUUUUUUUCUCUCUUAAAAUCUCACCUAAGGUGAUUGAAUGGCGCGUAGCAGCACGUGUGCAGCUAGCCACUCCCUAUGCCCGUAGUCCCUAUCAGUUAGUGCUCCAGUGGAAGUCCUCAUAGCCGGAUGAGAGACGCGUGCAGAAUUCAGGGAUAGAGGAAACGUUUUUCAUCUGAAGAGAUAUCUCCGGGAUUCUACAUUGUCCUCCAGAGUGUAUUUAGGGGACAACAUUUCCAAUUUGGAGGGGGGACUGCUGAUUCCAAGAUGGAGGUGAAGACGUCACUUCUGGACAACAUGAUAGGGGUGGGGGACAUGGUCCUACUAGAACCCCUCAACGAAGACUCCUUCAUCGAGAACCUGAGGAACCGCUUCGACCACAAUGAGAUCUAUACCUACAUCGGCAGUGUGGUGAUCUCCAUGAACCCCUAUAGGUCUCUCCCCAUCUACACACCACAGAAGGUGGAGGAGUAUCGCAACAGGAACUUCUACGAGCUCAGCCCACACAUCUAUGCCCUGGCAGAUGAGGCCUACCGUUCUCUGAGGGACCAGGAUAAAGACCAGUGUAUCCUCAUCACAGGAGAAAGUGGAGCUGGAAAGACUGAGGCCAGUAAGCUGGUGAUGUCAUAUGUGGCGGCGGUUUGUGGGAAGGGCCAGGAGGUGAACAAGGUGAAGGAGCAGCUGCUGCAGUCCAAUCCUGUGCUGGAGGCUUUUGGGAAUGCUAAAACUAUGAGAAAUGACAACUCAUCCCGAUUUGGGAAAUACAUGGACAUUGAGUUUGACUUCAAGGGAGACCCUUUGGGUGGAGUUAUUAGCAACUAUCUACUGGAGAAGUCCAGGGUUUGCAAGCAGCCGAGAGGAGAGAGAAACUUCCACAUCUUCUACCAGCUUCUUUCUGGAGCCUCGGAUGACACCCUGAUGAAGCUGAAGUUGGACAGAGAUUUCAGUAAAUACAACUACCUGAGUCUGGAUUCAGCCAACGUCAAUGGGCUGGAUGAUGCAGCAAGCUUCAGGACCGUCAGGAAUGCCAUGCAGAUUGUGGGCUUCAUGGAGGCUGAGGUGCAGUCGGUUCUGGAGCUGGUGGCUGCCGUCCUCAAACUGGGGAACAUUGAGUUCAAACCAGAGUCCAGAAUCAACGGAUUUGACGAGAGCAGGGUCAAGGACAAGAAUGACCUGAAGGAGAUGUGUGAGCUGUUGGGGAUUGAGCAGUCUGUGCUGGAGAGGGCUUUCAGCUACCGCACCGUGGAAGCCAAGAUGGAGAAGAUGUCUACCACACUCAACGUGGCCCAGGCCUACUAUGCCCGUGAUGCCCUGGCCAAAAACCUCUACAGCCGUCUGUUCAGCUGGCUGGUCACCAGGAUCAAUGAAAGCAUCAAGGCUCAAGCAAAAACACGCCACAAGGUGAUGGGCGUCCUGGACAUCUAUGGUUUUGAAAUCUUCGAGGAUGGCGACAACAGCUUUGAACAGUUCAUCAUCAACUACUGCAAUGAGAAACUGCAGCAGAUAUUCAUCGAACUGACGCUACGCGAAGAGCAGGAGGAGUAUAUCAGAGAGGACAUUGAAUGGACCAACAUAGAGUAUUUCAACAACGCCGUUAUCUGUGACCUCAUCGAGAAUAACCAGAAUGGAAUCUUGGCCAUGUUAGAUGAGGAGUGCCUGCGGCCAGGCACAGUGACUGACGACACCUUCCUAGACAAGCUGAACACCAUCUGUGCUGAGCACCAGCACUUCGAGAGCCGCCUCAGCAAGAACUCCAAGUUCCUGACAGACCACAGUCUGCCACACAGCUGCUUCCGCAUCCAACACUAUGCUGGGAAGGUGCUGUACCGUGUGGAGGGCUUUGUAGACAAGAACAAUGACCUGCUGUACAGAGACCUGUCCCAGGCCAUGUACAAGGCCACCCACAGCCUGAUGAGACAGCUGUUUCCUGAGGGAAACCCUGCUAAGGUCAACCUGAAGAGACCCCCCACUGCAGGCUUCCAGUUCAAGGCCUCUGUAGGGGUACUCAUGAAGAACCUGCAGACCAAAAACCCCAACUAUAUCAGGUGCAUCAAGCCCAACGAUAAGAAGGUAGCCCACAUCUUCACCGACUCGCUGGUGUGUCACCAGGUGCGUUACCUGGGCCUGAUGGAGAAUGUGCGCGUGAGGAGGGCUGGCUACGCCUUCCGCCAGCCCUACGAGUCCUGUCUGGAGCGAUACAAGAUGCUCUGCAAGAAGACCUGGCCCCAGUGGAGAGGACCCACCAGGGAUGGAGUGGAGGUUCUGCUGACAGAUUGUUCUGUUCCAUCUGAGGAGUUUGCCUACGGACGCUCCAAGAUCUUCAUCAGGAACCCCAGAACGCUGUUCACUCUGGAGGAGAGGAGGAGGGCGUGUCUGGAGGACCUGGCCACCCUGAUCCAGAAGAUCUACCGGGGGUGGAAGUCUCGUACUCACUUUCUGCUGCUGAAGAAGAGCCAGGUGGUGGUGGCAGCCUGGUACCGCAGAUAUGCGCAACAAAAUAAAUAUCAGAAGAUCAAGAGUGCUACACUCGUGAUGCAGUCCUUCAUCAGAGGGUGGAAGGCCCGCAACAUCUUGCGGCAACUGAAAUACGAGAAGAGAUGCAAAGAGGCUGUGACUACCAUUGCAGCGUACUGGCACGGGACUCAGGCUCGGAUGGAGCUGCGGCGCCUGAAGGCGGAGGCGCGGAAUAAGCGUGCCGUGUCUGUCAUAUGGGCAUACUGGCAGGGGACCAAGGCUCGGAGAGAACUGCGGCAUCUAAAGGAGGCGGCGCGAGAAAAGCACGCCGUGUCUGUCAUUUGGGCCGGCUGGCAGGGGACCAAGGCACGCAGGGAGCUGAGGCGCCUGAAGGAGGAGGCCAGGCGUAAGCACGCCGUCGCCAUCAUUUGGGCCUACUGGCUGGGACUCCAGGUCCGCCGGGAGUACAGGAAGUUCUUUAGGGCCAACGCUGGCAAGAAGAUCUACGACUUCACCAUCCAGAGAAUCAUGCAGAAGUACUUCCUUGGUCUGAAGACCACUACAAUGUCCCCUAUGGACAACACCUGGCCGACACAGCCUUAUGGCUUCCUGGAGGGAGCUCACACUGAGCUCAGGAGGAUCUUCCACCUCUGGAGGUGCAAGAAAUACCGGGGCCAGUUCACAGAGGAGAAGAAGUCUGUGUAUGAGGAGAAACUUGAGGCCAGUGAGAUCUUCAAGGACAAGAAGGCUCUGUACCCCAGCAGUGUCAGCCAGCCUUUCAAAGGAGACUAUCUGGAGAUCCAGAAGAACCCCAAGUACCAGAAGCUGAACGGUGCUGUGGAUGAGAAGGUGCUACUGGCUGACUUGGUGAACAAGAUCAACAGGGCCAACGGCAAGGGGUCGCCGAGGCUCUUCCUGCUGACCAAAAGCAACUUUGUCCUGGCUGACCAGAAGACGGGCCAGGUGAAGGCCAGCGUGCCGCUGCCAGACCUCGCCAGCGUGUCGGUCAGCACCCAGAGUGACGGCUUCUUCGCCCUCAAGCUCAAAGAGGGCUCUGCUUCAGCUUCCAAAGGUGACUUCCUGCUGAGCAGUGACCAUCUAAUAGAGAUCAUCACCAAACUCCACCGCAUAGGGACCACUGCUGCAGACAGGGACCAGAUCAACAUUGACAUCUCAGACGAGUUCCUGGUGCAGUUCAAGCAGGACAAGGUGUGUGUGAAGUUCAUCCAGGGGGGGCCUAAGAACGGAAACAGUGCUGCCUGCAAACGCAAGAACAACCGCCUACUGGAGGUGUCUGUGCCAUCACCAUAGAGAUGACAUAGCCUCCUAUAAUACUUAGUUGUCAUGACAGUUCACAAUCAGGCCUAAACUCCAGCCCCCGCCCCCAAUGACUUUGCAAUUACUCUGCUUUUUGUUAUUUGUUGUUAUUUCCUCUAUUCAGAAUCCUUGCAUCACUGUAAUAUUUAACUGCGCUGACACUUUUGGUAGAGAGUGAAAGACCCAUAGGAUUGCAUGGCGAUAGGGUUGUAAGAGAGAAAGAUGAAGAGAAAAAAAAAGACUUUGUUUUACUAGUUUUAAAAGAUGUGGGUGAAAGAAAGAAGUGCUCUCCUCUUGUCAAUGGAGCACAAGAUAUCUCCAGUCAGAUGAUGAUGCUGAUUGUUGAGCUUGGGAAAGCUAAUAUGCAGGCUGUGUGGUGUGGUAUCAAGCCGUACCCAUAUUCAGAGAUAUGUAAAGGGCAAAGAAAUAAAGUGCAGACAAGACACACCCCUGCACUAGAUUUGGGUCCUCAUCGGUUUAUCUGUUUGAGCUCUGGAAUGGCAACUCAAUAGACCAACAAUGACCAGAGAGCUUUCAGGAUUGCUCUAAAGUUUUCUCUGAAAGUUAAACUAUGACUGCACUUGUAAUGUUCACCUGGGUGAGUUAAAAUUUGAAAAGACAGUGAUGAAUAGUCAAAAUAAUGUCUGGGUUGUUUUUGUUUUCCUUUGCUGACACCCACACAACUGACUACAGUGGGUGGUCAAGUACAAGAAUCAACACUUGUCAAAUGUGAUUUGCCAAGUGAUCGAUUGUCAACCACUUAGUAUCCAUAAUAACUCCCGUGUGCCAUUCAGCUGGCCCCUACUCUGUGAGGUGCCAUGACAUGCUGCAUGUAUCCGUGUGUAGUCAUCUAGUCAGGUUUUGGACGCUAACAAAAAACAAAAAGUUGAAUGGUCCCUACUCAGUUUAUAAGUAAAUGCCAAAAACAAAGUUGAAAGGGGGCCUCAAUCAACCAGGACCAAGACUUUAUUUGAAAACACUGCACACUUUUCUCACUCUCCAGUUGUCCUCAAAGUACUUUACAUCUCUAAACUUUACCACAGGAAUUGAGAUGGACCCCAGUGUUCCCAAGUCUACCUUGAUAACUAUCCCAGAUUCAACACUGAUCAGUCUUUUUAGAGCCACGAGGCUGCCUGUUUUCAAUGGUCCUCUUGUUUGAAAUGGAACUCUUUGCCUACAACGCUGCCUAGGCUAGGCUACACCAUCUCAACCAUCCCUCCACCCUUUGGCAUGAGAGUAAUAAAAUAGUAAGAGGAUGCAGCAUGGCAACAGACAGGACACAAGAUUGAGUCCUACAUUCUGUGACUGACAUUUCUCAAACGCAUGCUGUAGAGAUAAACACUCACUCACUGACUGUAUCAUACACAUCAACUGUAAAUGCUAAAACAGACCCAGCAUGGAUGUAGUAUUUCCGAAUAAAUUAUAGUAUCCUCAUGCUAGUUCUCUUAUUGCUGUGCUGCAGAAUUAUCUAUAUGUUUUUGCCAUUGCAAUGUGGGCUGUUAUAUAUAUUAUUUGUAGCCCCACUCUGGCUAAUAAUAAAUGCAGUGUUUUUCUUGGGAUUGUGCGUAUGGCCAUGUAGUAUAUUCUUGGGAAGUUUUUUCAGAAAACUAGCCAUCACAGCUUCACGGUCUGCUCUGCCUGUGUAUGAAUGUGAUAUACUUUACACACACACAAGCCAAUGUCACUUAAGGGUUUGCUCUAUUUGGAAGUAUAUUUAAUGAUAUUCUUUAUCGGGAUGUUUUAGUGAGGUGGGUUUGUACUGUUGACUUCGAGGUUAAACCAAUGGGUUCUCUGGUGGUGGCAAUGUGGAAGCUCAGCCAAACUGCUCUAGAUCACAUACCUAUAGAUUACUGGUGUACCUUAAAAUAAAUCACUUUUUUACAUGUUUUUGUAAUUCCAAAGGUGGACUUGAUGAAUGAUUGUUGUUUUUUUCCUUCCACGGGGGAAGAUGUUGAACUGAGUCAAUGCAUGUUUGUGCUUCUCAGUUCUGUACAGUUUGAGAUUUCAAUGCAGUUUGCUAUAACCACCUCCUCUCUGAGUUUGUAUUUGACGUAAAAUACGAAAAUAAACUCAAUCAUGUAUGCAUUCUUGUUGUGUGCCUAAUGUAACCUGCGCUGCGAGACGGAGAACAUGGAAGUGUUUCAGUCCUCAAUGUAACAAAUUUACAAGUAAUGCUUUUCAAAUUAAAAAAGCAAUAAAUA